ACACAAUACAACAUCAGCAGUGUACACUCACACAACAUUUCUAAACGCUUGUAAAGAUCUCCAGCUCCUAGUGAUCCUCCUGAAGUUGUUGUAUUCAACCAUGGCUACCUGUGGUUUAUCAACAGUGAUUUUUUCAUUUGUGGUUCUAAUGUUAUUGUCAGCUAGCAGUCACACAAUGGUUGCUGGAGCACGCAAUCUUCUCGAAUCAACGCUGCCAAAACCAGAAGUGCCACAACUUCCCAAACCCGAGUUGCCACCUUUGCCGAAAGUCCCUGAAUUACCAAAGGCAGAGUUGCCUAAGAUCCCUACAUUCCCAAAACCUGAGCUUCCAAAGGUCCCUGAAUUGCCUAAGCUUGAGAAGCCUAAAGUUCCCGAGUUGCCUAAAGUAUCAGAAAUACCUAAAGUUCCUAAAUUGCCUAAAGCACCAGAGAUGUUUAAAGUCUCUGAAUUGCCAAAACUAGAGUUGCCUAAAGUAGCUGAGAUAUCUAAGAUUCUUGAAUUGUCUAAGCCUGAGUUGCCUAAGAUUCCUAAAUUGCCUAAGAUUCAUGAAUUGUCUAAGGUCCCUGAAUUGUCUAAUCCUGAGUUGUCUAAGGUUUCUGAAUUGCCUAAGGUCCCUGAAUUGCCUAAAGUACCUGAAUUGUCUAAACCCGAGUUGCCUAAAGUACCUGAGUUGCCUAAGGUUCGUGAAUUGCCUAAGCCCGAGUUUUCUAAAGUCCCCGAAUUACCUAAGGUUCAUGAAUUGCCUAAGCCCGAAAUACCUAAAAUACUUGAGUUUCCCAAGGUUCCUCAAUUUCCUAAAGCAUUUUCAACCAGCAAUCCUUGAGUUUGAAUUAUGCCUUAUGUUGUCCUGUUCUCAGGUCGUAACUGGCUGCAUUCCAGUGCCUUGUUCAUCUUGUUUGAUGGAUGUGAUACUAUUUAUGCAUUUUUUCACUAGUGUAUAAUAUGUUGUAGCUACUUGAGAGUGAUUGUGUCGGUGUGCUAGUAUUUUGUGCCAUACUAUAAAUUAUGUUUAGUUUGAAGUUGUUUAAAUCGAUUAGUUAUAUCAUUGUAUACUGAUAUACAUCUCCUUCAUGUGUUAUAUUUUGUGAAUUUAAUUAGAUUGUAAUUUCUGAGUAUAACUUUCUAGAUA